CCACCCGGGGUCCCUCCGCCUCACAUCCUGCCCCCGCUGCCCCCCUUCCAUCCCGGCAUGUUCCCGGUCAUGCAGGUGGAUAUGAUCAGUGUCUUGGGCAACCAGUGGGGUGGCAUGCCGAUGUCCUUCCAGAUGCAAACUCAGAUGCUGAGCCGCAUGAUGCAGGCGCAGAACACGUACCAGUACCCGCCUUUCAUGACGGGCCGGAUGCAGUUUGUGAAUCUUCCUCCCUACCGCCCGUUCUCCAUGGGAGCCGCUCUCGCCCGCGGGCAGCAGUGGCCACCGCUGCCCAAGUUUGACCCCUCGGUUCCACCCCCGGGUUAUGAACCGAAGAAGGAAGAUCCCCACAAAGCCACUGUGGAUGGAGUCCUCCUGGUCAUAGUGAAGGAACUAAAGGCCAUCAUGAAAAGGGACCUGAACCGCAAGAUGGUCGAAGUGGUGGCGUUCCGGGCGUUUGAUGACUGGUGGGACAAGAAGGAACGUCUUGCAAAAGCGUCUCUCACUCCAGUGAAGUCUGGAGGAGAACUGGAGGAAAAACCAAAGCCAAAGGAUCGAAUUGCCUCUUGUCUUCUGGAGAACUGGAACAAAGGAGAAGGGCUGGGAUAUGAGGCAAUCGGCUUGGGCAUUGGGUUACGAGGGGCCAUCCGGCUGCCAUCCUUCAAGGUGAAAAGAAAGGAGCCACCUGAAGCUGCCUCAGCGGGAGAUCAGAAGAGAAUCCGGCCUUCUACUUCUGUGGAUGAUGAAGAUGAAGAGUCAGAGAGGGACAGGGAUGCUUCUGAUACAACAUCUGAGCUGUCAAAGAAGGAUGCAGAGGCAGUGGGGCUGCGACGGCGACCAGCAAGGCCAUUGGAGCUUGACAGCGAGGGAGAAGAAGGAGAUGAGACAUCAGGGAAAGAGGAAGAGUCCUCCUCAGAGAAGGAAGAGGAGCAGGAAGAAGAGGGAGGCUUGGUGAAAGCAGCACCUGGCAAGGAGGAAGAGGAGGAUGAGGAGGAUGAAGAUGAUGAGGAUGAAGAUGAUGAUGAAGACGAGGAUGAAGAUGAUGAGGAGGAGACAGGCAUAGAUACAAGUGACAAGGAGGAGGAGCAGGACUCUGAGGAGGAUGUAGCAAGUCCCUCGUCUUCCAAGGCUGAAGUUGAAUCAUCUGAUGAAAGUGAGGACUCCUCUGAAUUCGAGUCAAGUUCAGACUCGGAUGAUGAAGAUGAGGAGGACGAUGAUGACGAUGAAGAUGAGGAGGAGGAAGAAGAGGAGGAAGAGGUGGCUGAAGAUCAAAGCAGAGAAGCCAUGGUUGCUGAGCCAGAGCAUGAACCUGCUGGUCUUGAGCUUCCUGAUGAUGAGAGGGAGACUAUUUUGGACCUGUAUCCUGUGGAUGACUACAUGGAUGCAACAGGCUUGGGACUUGCCGAGCCAGCUUUGGCUGUGAAAGAUGAAGGCAGUGAAGAAAUCAAGGCAGGGGAAAGUGAGUGCAGCCAAGUCCCGGGGGCUUCUAUUGCUGCUGAAACUCUGAAACACUUGGUUAUGGAAAGAGACCAGGAGACAAAACUUGCACUCUCUCCCAUCUGUAGGCCAGAGGAAGAGUCCGAACCCACUUCCAUGUUGGAGCCAGAGGUACAGGAAGGUCCAAAGCCUGAAUCUCAAGAUGAGGAAGCAGCUCUCUGUAUCUCUACUCCAGUGGCAGUCUUUGGAGAACCUCUGCCCAGCAAAAGCAGCUUCUUUGGCAAGUCUGAGGAGAGCAGCUUGGAAGCCCGAGUUAAAGCAAAGCCGCCGUCGGCAGCGGAGGAGGACGAGCGGCUGCCCCGCACGCCUGGACGGGAGGUGAUGAUCCACUCGGAGACUGAGACUCUCCUGCUUCCAGCCCACAAGGUGCCAUCCUCCAUGCUUCCCUUGCCAUCGACUCCCGGCAAGGAAGAAUCUUUAGUCCCUCCAGAAAAGUUCCCUGAACAAUUACUGGUGACCAAAACGUCCGUGGAAGAGGAGAUUCCUAGGACUCCCGGGCGGGACAUUUUGGCCAAGUCUUCACACCCCCUUGCGAAGUCGCAGAGCACGGACACUGUUCCAGCCACGCCAGGAAGUGAUGCUCCCCUUACAGGAAGCAGCUUGACCCUCAGUUCCCCUCAAGUCCCAGGGAGCCCCUUUUCCUACCCGUCCCAAUCUCCUGGCAUUAACAGUGGCAUUCCUCGGACUCCUGGGAGAGAUUUCAAUUUCACGCCUACUUUCCCAGAGGCUGGUGCUACCAUUCCUUGCCUUCUGCCUGGCAAGAAACAGUCAGAGGAUGAGCUAGAAGAGAAACCCUUUAAAGAGCCUCUUGGUGCUUCCCUUACGAUCAGCAUGAACAGUGUUCCUUCCCCUAUCCCCUUUGCCAGCCCCCCACAAGCAGAUUUCCACAUGGACAUGGGUUUGCCACCUGAUGAGCCAAUACCUGUAGCAGCCCUGCCAUGCAUGCAUGGAGAUGGAAGAAUGCCCAUCGAGGAAUGCAAGGCAGAAGUAAAACCCAGUUUGCUCUCCCCAGAAGUACCCCCUGGGGCUUCUAUUCUUCCUCCCCCUCCACCACCUUCUGUUCUUCCCAAAAGGAGGCCGGGUCGGCCGAGGCGGUCCCCACCUUCUGUCCUCUCGCUGGAUGUGUACUCGGGCAAAACCAUAGAGCCUCCUCCCAUGCCAGUGGCCUUGGUGGAAGGUCCUGUGAGCAAAGAGCUGUUGAGUGGACAUCCUGAUGCCUACUAUGGACUGAAAGACCCUGAAGCCGUCACCCUGGACUUCAGGAAUGACGGUUUCCACGAGAAAAUAGCAGCUGAGACAGUUGCAGAGAAACUGCCAUUCAAGGAGCUGGAGAACCAGUGGAAUGAAGACUUCAAGGAAGAAGAAGCUCACGCAAAACCUAAGAGACAGUGGCGAAGGCAGAAGAAGACAUCAGAGGAGCUGCCCAUGAUCCCUUCCCCCGAGUAUUCCCCACCCCAGCCGCAGUUCAGGCCGCGCUCCGAGUUUGAGGAGAUGACCAUUUUGUAUGACAUCUGGAACGGAGGCAUCGACGAGGAGGAUAUCAAAUUCAUGUGUAUCACAUACGACCGCUUGUUACAGCAGGACAACGGUAUGGACUGGCUCAAUGACACCCUGUGGGUUUUCCAUCCUUCUACCAGCUUUUCUACCCCCAAGAAGAAGAAGAGGGAUGAUGGGAUGCGGGAGCACGUGACAGGCUGUGCACGAAGCGAAGGCUAUUACAAAAUUGAUAAGAAGGACAAACUCAAAUACCUCAACAAUAGCCGAGCUUUUGCAGAGGAGCCUCCAGCUGACACACAGGGUAUGAGCAUCCCUGCCCAACCUCACGCUUCCACCCGGGCUGGUUCCGAGAGGCGAUCAGAGCAACGCAGGCUCCUCUCCUCCUUCACUGGUAGCUGCGACAGUGACCUGCUCAAGUUCAACCAGCUCAAGUUCCGGAAGAAAAAACUAAAAUUCUGCAAGAGCCACAUUCACGACUGGGGCCUUUUUGCUAUGGAGCCCAUUGCAGCUGAUGAGAUGGUGAUCGAGUACGUGGGUCAGAACAUCAGGCAGGUCAUUGCUGACAUGCGAGAGAAGCGAUACGAGGAUGAGGGCAUUGGCAGCAGUUACAUGUUCAGAGUCGACCACGACACCAUCAUCGAUGCCACCAAAUGCGGGAACUUCGCCAGGUUUAUCAAUCACAGCUGCAAUCCAAAUUGUUAUGCUAAAGUGAUCACGGUGGAGUCUCAAAAGAAGAUCGUUAUCUACUCCAAGCAGCACAUCAAUGUGAACGAGGAAAUUACCUACGACUACAAGUUUCCAAUUGAGGAUGUAAAAAUCCCGUGUCUCUGUGGCUCUGAGAACUGCAGGGGAACCCUGAACUGAACUCAAGGUUUCUCUCAUCACACUUGCACCUUCGGCCAUGUCAAAACUGUGGUAACCAGGUGUGGUUGCACUUUGCCAAAAAAAGAGGAAAAAAAAAAAACAACAGAAAAAAGGAAGAAAAAAAAAUUUAAAAGCAAAAAAAUACUUACCCAAAAAAAAAAAAAAAAAAAAAAGAGGAAAAAGAGAAGAAAACCAAGCAAGUUUCGCACUUCUGCCAGGAUCAUGAGUGAAAACAAAAAGCGCACACGCUUACGAGGACUGUUCAUCUUUCAGGUGCUUUUUCCUUUUCAGAUCCAACACGCACACAAAAAGGUGGCUACCUUUUGUGGCAUGGUCUAUCCAAACACUAGCUUCUCUGUUCAGUCCCUGCAGUAAUGCUCCAUAAUGGGAUAAUGGUACCUUUUUUUUUUUAAUUGUUCUUAUAAACCUUCAUCUUUUCAUAAAUGCUGCUACCUUUUUCUCAUCAGUUUUCGUUGGUUGAAAAAGACAUUCAACGUUUAAAUGUGAAGCAGAGACUGAAAAUGCCAUAUAGGGUUUGUUGGGAGCUUGAUUGGCUGAAAUUGCACAGUUUUCUCAGAGUAAGCUGUAAAUAAAUGUAAGGUUGAUGUUACAGAGCAAGCCAGAGGCUUGAGGGUGUGUGAAUGAGAGUGUGUGUGUGUGUGUGUGUGCAGGUGUGUCCACAGUGAGACUAGAGCUGAACUGUCCUGCCUUUUCGUUAGGGAUGAGCCUGAACAGGGCCCCUCAGCCAGACCCCAGGGCAGAGCCAGGUCAGCCAGACCUCAGCUCCCCUCCUUGGGCUCUCCUCUCAUUUUCUAUGCCAUGCUGGUCCAUGGGGGAUCCAAACCUCUGCAGCUGCACGUGAGAAAACCUUGGAUACUUGAGUCACUAGGAAGAAGUGGAGCCAGCUGUGCAGCUGUAGCAUCGUGUGGCCUUUGGGGGAUGCCCAUUCCUUGGAGAUGGGCUUGUCUUGCUUGCAGAAGAGGCUGAGAUUAAGUGGACAGCUCAGCCCCUGAUUGUGCUGUAGAAAUCCUGCCCUGCUUGCAAGCAAAGACUAUGGCCCACGUUUGUAGCAGGAUUUUCUUCCUGUGGGUGGGAAACAGGCUGAUGUGUGACUUGUAUUCAUUUUUUCUCACUUUCAUCUGCAUUUCCCUGCCCUUCCAAUGUUUUAUAUGGAGUAUUUGCUCUGUCCUUGGAUGUGGGAGAUGCCUCCUGUGAUAGGAGCAAGCUGUGUCCUGCCACUCUCCUCCCUCUGUUACUCAGUAACUUGGCCUGGGGCGGUCCCACGCCUCCAGAAAAUCAUGGUAAAAGUGUCCCCGAGAGCAAUCCUGUCCCCCCCAUCUAUACCAUGGAAAUGAAUGCUUCUCUAAAUUUGGUAGGCAUGUUUUAAAAUUAUUUCUCAAUAUGUUUUGUCCUUGUAGAUGUGCUGAGGUGAAGGUUGCAGUUCUUCAAGAGGUUCCAUUUAAAAAUGGGACCAAACACCAAAAAAAUAGUUCUUUGGAUGAGAUCUGGAAGUGUUACACCACCGUUCAGGUAUAGACAGGACCAGUUUUUCAAUUUGCAUUGAAUUUCUCCUGCUUUAAAAGUAGAGAAUAGUCAUACUAAACCCUUUUUAAUUGGCUUGUAAGGGGAAGUUGCAAUGUCAUUACGAAACGGGAAGAUUAUCUGCAUAACUAAACACCUUCUCCCCACAGAACAAAUUGCACAGCUGUAUUCUUGUAUUCUUUCCAAACCUCCAUGAGCAGAGGUGACAACCUUGCAAAAGAGGUUCCUGGAAGUUUUUUCAGCUGUUCCAUGGAAUUGCCAAGCCUGCACUGCAGCAUGGAGCUUGUAAUGUAGGUUCUGUAAUGUAACCUCUGCCUCCAAAUUUCUUCUCUGGGCAAAAGGCCUGAGGGAGCAGGAACACACAGACUGCUACAAGCUGCCUUAAUACCACCUGUGUUUCUGUCUGAGGGCCAACAAAUUGUCUCUGAGAUUGGACAAUCCAUGGUCCAUCUCUGCUUUUGUUUUGGUUUAGUUUUAUUGUUUCCCCCCUUCAUCCUAAAUCUAUCCAGCAAUUGGGUGUUGGUGACCCAGAACCUAAAAUUGUGAGAAGCACAAGUUUCUGUCACUGAAUGUUGUUUGGAACUGCAGUGAUGGCAUUUAGGAGUUAAACUGCUGCUCAGUUUAGUUAUUGUUUUUCUGAAUGAGAUUCAAUGUGUUGGCAUCUCCACAGCUUGGCCUUUGACUUUUGAGGCUUUGGGAAUGCACGGAAGUUUCCUGGGUGUCAGAACUGAGGCCCCUGUCCUUGGCCUUCUCCCUCUCUGCUCCAUCAAACCAGUGCAUUAACGGUGGAUUUGUGGGGCUGAGGACACCCCAGACAGCCCAGCCCUGCUGGCAGUUCUGUCUCCCAGCAGAUCUGUGUGCUCUGGAUGGGAUCAGCCCCUGCAGUUUGCCUUAAUCCUUGGUGAGGAAGGUGGGGAGGAAGGUCACUGUUACCUUCACGUCCUUCCCCGUGUGUUUUUUAGGAGCACCAAAAGGAUUUGGGUGCCAAAGACCAUGAGCACCUGAAUCACUUGGGUACUUCCAAAGCUGCCUGUAAUUUAUCCCCUUUUAGGAUCCCGGACAAAUAAUGUGAGUUUUUAGAAGAGCUGAUCUCUCGGUAGUUUCCCAGGAAGAAACAGAGCUGUUGAGAAGCCACAGCACUUCUGAAAAAUCAUGUUAGUCUGGUCUCAAAGCUAAACCUGAGGCUUCUCUCUUUUUCCCCAUAAAUCUUGGCUUGCAGAGUCCUACCUGGGAGAUAUUUUGUCUUGGACUGGGAAGCUGCCUGACCUCCAAACAAAUCAUUUUAUGGUGAGGACUCUCAAGUCUGGUGCAGUGAUUUCUGUGGGUGCCCUGUCCCUGCCAACCGGAAGGGUCUUGUUGGGCCAGGGGAGCCCUGCAGCCACAGAUGUGCUUUGGAGAUGCCUCAAAUCCUUUGCCUUGUACUUGGCAGGGGAUGGGAUGAGAGGAGGGCAGGAGCUGUGUGGUUCACAUGCAGCACAAGUUCCCUGGGACCCCAUGGAAACAGUGACAGGGAUAAAGAGGAACCUCACCAGCACAUGUUGCUAACAGGCACUGCAGUGCUUUUGUCCACUGAAAAGCCCAUCCCCAAAUUUAUUGUCACUUCAAUUUGAGCCUCAGACAAAAAAAGAGACAUUUACAGUGCUCCCUGCAAAAUUCCAUCUUGCUGAGAGGAAUGACCCAAGAGAACAGAGCAAAAUUACGGAGAUAGAAUUGAAGGUUUUGGUUUGCAGCUGUGGGAGGUCAGGGUGCAGGUGCCUCCAUGCUGGCAUCCACAGGAUCCGUGUGGCUCACACCUCUCUGCAGUCCCAGGCUGGUCCCACAGUGGUCUGAGACUCUGGGGGGGUCCAGGAGGGGAUGGGGGCUCAUCCUGCAGUUAUUUAUAUUGUAUAGAGCAGCUUAUUUCUACAAGGAAAGAAAAAAAACAUAAUUUUUAAACUCCAUUACACAGUAGUUUCAGUUCUGGUUUUUGUGACCUUUUUCAGGGAUCAUUUCAGUGCAUUUCUGUACAAAAUAAAAAUUUAAGGAAAAAAAAGGAUUUUGAAGUAUAAAAAAAUGCAUCUUCUGUACAUAGGCGAACUCAAGAAUCUUCUCUUCAAACACUGUUUCUUGUAGAAACAUGUUGAAAUUUUUUUGCUGAUUUCUUUGUACUUCAAGAGCAUGUAAAUAGUUUAUUAAAAGUGACUAUUGUAAUUUGGAGUUCUUUUUAAACAGAUUCCAGCUCUAAAUCAUGUCAAGAUGGGGAGGAAGAAGGACUGAGUAUAGCAAAGGAGCUGGUGGCAUUUACAGCUUGUGUCAAGCUUUGUAUAAUGUAAAUUCUGUAUAAAUAUGGGGGUUUUUUUGUCAAAUAAAUAGGUGAAAUUAGAAGCAUUAAGAAACUGAAGACAAAAAAUUGCCAAGUCAAGGCUUCUUCUUUCCCCCCCUCCCUCAGUCUGAAACCUAAUGUGCAAAUUCUAUUUAUUUCAAGCGAGGAAAUGUGUACAGUCUAAUAGACACCCUAAAAUGUAUUUAAGCAAAUUUGCAACUGGAUUUUUUCAGUUUAAUAUUUGUUUUGUUUUUAUGAGUUUCCUCCUUAAUUGCCACUGUAGGAUUUGUCCAAGUGAAAAGAAACACAUCAAGAAGGACACUCUAAAACAAUGGGGCAGUUUCAAAGCAAAGUGGAAGAACACCCAGCUCCCAAUUCUUGCAGUUUACUGGUUUUAAUUCCCAUCGUGGAAAUCAAGGGCCUCCUUUAAAAGUAGGCAGGUCAAAUGGUUUGCAAUAAAUUAAAAAAAAAUUUAUUUUUUUUUUUCCUAAGUUCCUUUUAAAAAAAACCAACAACUCUGCUUUGAAGAUUUAGGAUUUCUGCUUUUUCUUUUGUUAAGCAAAUUUAUAAAUUUAGGGAUGUUUUGUGCAUAUAGAAUCUGUCACCAGUAUGUAUCUUGUUUUGAAGAAAGUGUUUUUGUUGUGGAUGUGUCAUGCUGUAUAUAUUUGUUCAUAUUUUUGUGAAUUGAAUACUAUGUACCAUUGUAUUAUAGUAACUUUUAUAAAGCAAACCAUAAAUAUACUGACUUUUCUUACAGAAAAA